CUACACUGCAGGUAGGGCAGGCCUAUUCAUGCCCAUUACAGUAACAGGGCCAACCUACACUGCAGGUAGGGCAGGCCUAUUCAUGCCCAUUACAGUAACAGGGCCAACCUACACUGCAGGUAGGGCAGGCCUAUUCAUGCCCAUUACAGUAACAGGGCCAACCUACACUGCAGGUAGGGCAGGCCUAUUCAUGCCCAUUACAGUAACAGGGCCAACCUACACUGCAGGUAGGGCAGGCCUAUUCAUGCCCAUUACAGUAACAGGGCCAACCUACACUGCAGGUAGGGCAGGCCUAUUCAUGCCCAUUACAGUAACAGGGCCAACCUACACUGCAGGUAGGGCAGGCCUAUUCAUGCCCAUUACAGUAACAGGGCCAACCUACACUGCAGGUAGGGCAGGCCUAUUCAUGCCCAUUACAGUAACAGGGCCAACCUACACUGCAGGUAGGGCAGGCCUAUUCAUGCCCAUUACAGUAACAGGGCCAACCUACACUGCAGGUAGGGCAGGCCUAUUCAUGCCCAUUACAGUAACAGGGCCAACCUACACUGCAGGUAGGGCAGGCCUAUUCAUGCCCAUUACAGUAACAGGGCCAACCUACACUGCAGGUAGGGCAGGCCUAUUCAUGCCCAUUAAAGUAACAGGGCCAACCUACACUGCAGGUAGGGCAGGCCUAUUCAUGCCCAUUAAAGUAACAGGGCCAACCUACACUGCAGGUAGGGCAGGCCUAUUCAUGCCCAUUACAGUAACAGGGCCAACCUACACUGCAGGUAGGGCAGGCCUAUUCAUGCCCAUUACAGUAACAGGGACAACCUACACUGCAGGUAGGGCAGGCCUAUUCAUGCCCAUUACAGUAACAGGGCCAACCUACACUGCAGGUAGGGCAGGCCUAUUGAUAACAUGGGAAGGCUGCAUCCUAGUCCACUAUACCGUCCACUAGUUUGAGCCCCAAAAGUAGUGCACUAUAAAAGGGACGAGGGCACCAUUUAGGACACAGGCCUUAAGCCUAACAUUUUAGAACACGGGCCUUAAGUCUAACAUUUUAUAAAAGUGACUUGUCGGCAUUAGGCCAAAUAUCUCACCCAUGGGAAGAUGAGGUACUGUGAGCAGUCUAGAGACACUCCCAAACAACCUUUAAGAAGACAAGUCUAACCGUCAUUGACCUAUUUAAAUAGGUCAGUGACAUGGACAAUAACCCGCUAGUCAUCUCAACGUUCAGUUCCUGCUGUCUCAGCUAAAA